GCCUUUUCUAAUCGAGACACACAAACACACACAGAGCAACCAUUUUUAAAAUCACCAUUAUAACUUGGAAAGGUGUAUCAAAUUAUCAAAUAUUCAAUAUCAGACUCCGAUUUACCACUCGAGAAUGUGGACGGACGAUUCACAGCACCUACAUUGUCAGUAUAUUCCUUCCCGACGGCAGGCCUCCUCCUCCAUAACCACCACUUCUAGAGACAGAAUCAAGCUUCUGUAAACCAAUUCAACCAAAAGAUUCAAUCGUUGGUGUCGAUUUAGCCAGGAGAUGCAAAACUCAACUCAAUCAUCAUCCACCACCACCACUCUUUACAUCAUCUUAACCAUCACCACCUUUCUCUUUCUUCUUUUCUUCCUUUCCCCGUUCCCGUCCCCACCACCACCGCCGUCCUUCUCCGACCCAUACCUAUUCCCCCACCGUCCAUCCACCGCCCAAUACCACAACCACCAACUUCUCUUCCUCAACAACAAUAACAAAACCACUAACCAAUCUCCCCCCGCCUCACCCACCAUCGCCUAUUUCAUAUCCGGAUCCUCCAACGAUUCGGCUCGGAUCAUCCGACUCCUUUUGUCUAUCUACCAUCCGAGAAACCAAUAUCUUCUUCAUCUCGACCGUUCUGCCCCUCAAAAAGAACGCGACUUUUUAGCCCUAUCCGUUCAAUCAAUUCCGGUGUUUUGGGCCGCUCAAAAUGUUAAUGUUAUAGGGAAAUCUGAUCUCGUUUCUCCUAAAGGAUCUUCUUCAAUUUCUUCCACUUUACAUGGAGCUGCUAUUCUUUUGAAGCUUUGCCCUGAUUGGGAUUGGUUUAUUAAUCUCUCUGCUGCUGAUUACCCACUUGUUACUCAAGAUGAUCUUCUUCACAUUCUGUCAUAUCUGCCUAAAGAUCUCAACUUUGUGAAUCACACAAGCUACAUCGGAUGGAAAGAGUCACGGAUUUUAAAACCUGUGGUGGUUGACCCGGGUCUUUUUCUUGUUGAGCAAAGCGAAAUCUUUUAUGGCACUCAAAGAAGGCCAUUGCCAGAUGCUUAUCGAUUGUUCACAGGCACCCCAUCUUCCAUAUUAAGCCGUAAGUUUGUAGAGUUUUGCAUUUUGGGAACAGAAAACUUACCAAGAACCCUUCUUAUGUAUCUAUCCAACAGCCUUUCAUCUCAAUCUCUAUACUUUCCAACCGUUUUAUGCAACUCUCCACAUCUAAACAAAACCAUUGUCAACCACAAUCUACAAUAUUCUGCAUACGAAACCAAACACGAACCCCGAAUACUCAACUCAAACGACUUCAAUGACCUAAUCAACAGUGGGUCAGCUUUUGGGUCUCCUUUUCUUCAUGAUGAUCCGGUUCUUGACUGGAUUGACCAACAACUUCUGAACCGUGGUCAGGGGAAACCGGUUCCUGGUGGGUGGUGUUUGGGUGAGUCGGGUGAUGAGGUUUGUGGGGUUUGGGGUGAUGCUGAUGUUUUGAAGCCUGGUUUGGGUGCCAAAAGGUUGGAGGAACGUGUUGUUGAGUUGCUGUCCAAUGACACUUUUUAUUCCCAUCGAUGUAUUUUUGAAUGAUGAUGAUGAUGCAUGCUUUUUUGUCUGUUGUUUUUUUUUUUAUUAUAGAUUUACAUUUGGAAAUUUUGUUGUAUAUUGGUAUUUGGGUCAAUUGAGUUACCUGCUUUUUUUUAUGUGAAUGUUGUUUAGGAUUUUGACUUCA